AAGAGCUGCCGCAAGCCCUCAAGCGCUCCGCGCGCGGGCCGCCGAGAGCCGCGCGCGAGCCGCGCCGGGAGCCGCCUGCCUCGGAGGGGAGGCGCGUGCGCCCUCGGCCGCGCCGGGCUGGCCAGGUAGAGAAGAUGACAGGCUGUUCGCUCUACAACGCGUUCUUCUUCUUGUACGUCUUCAUCGUGCCCGCGUUUCUCCAGUAUCUCAUACGUGCGCCCUCGACUUUCACCUCCGCGCCGUUCUACCCUGUGCCGUUGGCGACGCUGCAGGGCAAGGUGGCGCAUGUGAACAUGAGCAGCCCUCCACAGACCAUGGAGGAGGGAGUCAAUCACUGCAAGCCCUGCUACGAAGACCAGUACCACAAGACGGGUAUGUACCAGUGGAACAUCAUGCUCAGGAUGUCGUACGCGGACCUGAUGGCGCAGUCCAAGGACAAUCCAGUGACCACCAUGUACCCUGUCAUCCUCGCGUCGAACGACUUCAAGCUGUGGAAAGUGGUAGCCGACGCGGACGACGUCAACGCGGGAAUGUCCAACGACACGGGCGACACGACGAAGGAGCUCGUGCACAUCGCACCGCCGCUGCUCGUGGCAGCUCUCAAGCCGUUCGGCUGCGUGACCAACGAGACCGGCACCACCGACCCCUUCCAGUGGUUCUUUGCUUCGGGCGAGAAGGCGAACCGCUACAAGUGGAGGCUGGUCGACCACGUCUCGACACACGGCUCGGUCCACCUCGUCGCCUGCGUGAUGGAGGGCUUCGACAAGGUGAACGCGGUGAUGACCUACUUCGCGCAGAACUGCAUCAACGCCGCGGGCAAGAUGGUGUGCGAGCGGACGCCGCGGGAGGUGCUGGGGCAGUGCUUCGCCCUGGGCUCCGCCUGCGGGCAGGCCUGCGGCUUCUUCUCCCCCACCGUGCAGCACUGCUCCAGCGACGGUCAUCUGGACCCGAUGUUCUUCCAGGGCCUCACGUCCAAGAGGGUGAGUAUCAAGACGGCCUCGGGCGGGGGUGCCUCGAACGCGCUGGUGAACUGCGACGAGGGCGACUGCAAGACUGGCCUCAGCUUCAAGGGAAUGUACGCAGAGGCUGACAAUCCCAACGACUUCGUAGUCGACUCUGGGGAGGCCGAGAUGGCGGAUUUCUACACGAUCCUCUUCGCCAUGUCAGAGGUUGAUUCAGGAGUCGCCGUUUUGCCGGAGGCGGAGGCGAAGGAGGCGGGGACGAAGGAGGAUAGCGCGGAGGACGAAGCGGAUGACUUCGGAUUCGCGAGGGAUCGCAGGCUCCAGAUCAGCUCCACGAAGUACGCCUGGCAGAUCGCGCACAUGCCCAACUUGACGCUGGGUGUCUUCAAGGACCACAGCUCGAACACGAUGCGCAUCGACCCCACAAAGGAGUCCUGCUUCGCGCAGCCAGGGUUCACCUACAUGGUUGCAUGCAUGACGUCCGAGCCCGUCUUCACCAGCGGCAACGGCCUGGACAUCGCGGGCCCUCCCUUCAACGACCGCUGCCUGGCCGUGGGCGGCCUCUGCGGGGCCGUCUGCGGCUCGGGGCAGACGCUGGACGACGAGGCCAAGAAGUACUGCCCGGAGCCCGAGGACCGGGGCCGCCGCCUCGACGGCGCGCUGGACUACUCGCCCUACGCCUCCACGGUCAUCCCCAUGGAGCACCUCGUCAGCCCCAUCGAGCCGCGGAGGUCCGCGACGACCAAGUCGACGGCGGCGAGCUUCUUCUUCCACGGCUUCAUCUUCUUCGUGACAGUCUCGUACGUGGCCACGAUCCUCAGCAAGUUCCCGGGCAAUUUCAGCGACUUCUACCCGAUGCACACGUGGGACGAGCUCAGGACGCACGGCUACGUCCUCGAGAAGUUCGGGUGCGCGGCCGCCUUCGGCAUCUCCGCGGGUGAGCACAAGAUGAUCGUGCUCCGGAACUGGAUCGGCAAGAUUGCCGCGAGACCGGAGUUCGAGGACCGCGCCUUCCCCACCUUCAGGAGGUGGGUGGACGCCUUCGCGGACGAGGGCCACCGCGAGGGCGCGCGCCUGCUGUGGCUGGCGUGGACGGACUUCCUGGACACGAACCCGCCGGUGGAGUUCCUGGAGGAGUGGUCCGACAACCUGCGAGAGCAGUCUUGGGAGGCCGCGCACUCCAACUCCCCCUUCGAGCUCACGUGGGGCGCGAAGCGGGUCCUGCCGGUCACGCCCAGUCAGGCGCAGGCCUUUGCGAAGAUGCGCCACGAGGCCGUGCCCGAGGGCGGGGUCGAGCUCCAGCAGGACUCCCUGGCGAGGCUGCGGGACAUGGCCGACCUGUACAGCCAGCUCCCGGGCGACAUGAGGCUGGAGCAGUCCCUGAGCAAGAAGGACGACUGUGUGCUCACCAGGGAGGUCAACCUGAGUCUCAAGUCGGAGUCGGCCAAGAAGCGGAGCCAGGGCUGCUACACAAUCAAGUACGGCCAGGCGUGGAUCAAGGAGAUGGACGCGAAGUUCCAGGAGCGGACUGCCGCAACGGGUUCGGCCUCGACGGAGCAGUACAAGAAGCAGCUCGCGAUCAUGGACGCCAAGGGCCGCAGUGUCCCAUUGGCUGAGCUCACCAAGAACUUCGCGGAGGCACGGUUCCCCCUGCACUUCCGGGAGAUGUCAGCACACAAGGACCGCAAGUUGAUCAUGAUCUACAUGGCGCGCGCCCGGCCCGAGACGGAGCGCAAGGGCAUCGAGAAGACGCGCGGCCUGGACAAAUACCUGUGGGCAUGCUUGAAGCCGAGCGCGGUCAGGCCGUACCCCGGGGAGAACGGCACACGCAAGCAGUUCAAACGCCGCAAGGUCGAUGGCAAGGAGUUCGAGCCUCUCCUCAGCCACCCCCCUGGAGCGCCGAAGGGAAUCUACGACGAGGUCCGCAGGUGCGUCCAGGACAUUCUCUCGCGCCAGCACAAGAAGUUCCUCGACCAGCUGGAGGAGCCCGCCUUCUCGCAGAAGAAAAACAUGCGCGGGCACCGGGAGUUGGCCGAAGAGUACCUCAAGUACCGCGUGGUGGAAUCGGAUUGGGAGCUCGGCCGCUGGUGCUACGGCGAGAUCGUCGGCGAAGACCAGGACGUCGACGGCGACGAGGUACUCAUCUUGGACAACCCUUCCAGCGCGCUGCUGGAACUGGUCAGCGGCUUCAAGGACGCAAAGCAAGCAGGCAUGGGGCUCGUGGCCCUGGAGACGGUGGAGGAAGUUGCUUGCACUUGCUUCGUCCGCGAUCUGGUGCGCGUGGGCAUCGCGACGUCACCCAGCCUGGAAUUCCUCUUUUCUGCGUACGACGAGGACGAGCAGUCGACCUACAACGCGCAGGCGUUCGAGAAGGAGUUCCGCGCGAAGCUGCGCGGGAUCAUCAGCGAGCAGGCGGCGAGGGGGCUGCAGAGGUGCACCGUCACCCAGUACCAGCAGGGCCUCGACCUCACCGUGGACGCAUCGGCGGAUCAACGGCGAGGGCCAGAUCAUCGAGGAGAUCCGCCGCCGCCUGGAGUCGAGCAUCUCCGUGCUGAACUACGAGGGCCGGCUGAUGGACAGCCACCCCACGGUGCUCGUCAAGAAGAACCUCCUCACGCCGUACAUCGGCGUGCGCGGGAAGGGUGGCGGCCUGAACUUCGCGGUCGACCUCCUGCAGUUCCGCGACGGCUUCAUCGGCACCGGGCUCGAGCAGGACCCGGUCCCCGAGCGCAUGCUGUUCGGCAUCUUCGACGCGCGCCACCAGCCGCACCCGGAC